AUAUAUUCUCCUUAUUAUACCUAACAGUUACACUUAAAUCACUAUAAAUACUCUUUCAUGACCAUAAUAGAAUUCUACGCUUCACACUUAAACAAAGCAAACAAACACUACAAUGGCUAUGACUACAUCCAACGAUUUCACUUUGUUGAGCAAUGUCAAGCCAUUUAAAACAACUUGGAAGGUUGAAGUGAAGGUCCUUCAUUCAUGGACACAACACUCCAAUUUUUCUGGUGGAGACUCUCUCGAGUUCGUACUCGUAGAUAAGACCGGUGUUAAGAUUCACUGUACCUGCAAGAGGAUCUUUGUUGCUCGCGUAAAGAAAUUGCAGGUUGGAGAAUGGAGGCUCCUUGAGAAUUUCUCGGUGACUUCAGCUACCGGGAAGUACCGCCCAACAAGCCAUAAGUUCAAGCUGUCGAUCAUAGGCAGUUCUAAUGUUAACAAUUCGUCUUUCAAAAAUGAAGAUGAGUUUUUGACAUUAACACCUUUUCAAGCGAUCCUUAACGGGAGUCUUGAUUCAAAUAUUUUGAUUGAUGUGAUUGGUCAAGCAACUGAUAUUGGAGAUGUUGAAGUUGUUCAAGUGCUUGGUAAAGACAAGAAGAAACUGGAACUCACUUUGACAGAUGCAAGUGAACAAUUACCCUGUUGUCUAUGGGGGCGUUUUGCUGAACAAGUGUUUCGUGCUUACAAAGUUGGGAAGUCACCCAAUUUUCUUUGUUUACUGAGAUUUGCUAAAAUCAAUGUUUACAAAGGGCAAGUUCAGAUAACAAAUUCAUUUGAAACUUCCACUUUGGUGAUUAAUCCAGCCGGUUAUGAUUUGCAAGAUUAUCAAAGACUGUUGCCAAACAAUGAACUUGCACUCUCUAAUGAAGAUCAUGAGGUUGUGAAGACAAAAGGAAACAAGCGCCAAAUUGACAAAUGGUCUCUUUAUCCUGAGAGAUCAUUAUUGGAUAUCAUAAUGGCAACUGAGAUCGAGAAAUGCAUUGUCAAGGCAACAAUUUAUGCUAUUGACACAGAUUGGUCAUGGUAUUACUUUGGUUGUGUUAAGUGCAACUUCAAGAAGGUUACCGACAUAACUAAUAGGGAUGUGGUGCCUCUGAAACAUGUGUUUCGUUGUGAUACAUGCCACCAGUCUGUUACCAAUGUUGCACCUAAGUUUAAGCUACAUCUGAUUGUAAAGGAUGACUAUGGUGAAACUAAAGUGAUGCUGCUUGAUACAAUUGCUGAACCAAUUGUGGGAGUAAGUGCCGAUGUACUCCUAGGUGGUUCUCUAGAACAGAUUGAGGAUCCAGAAGACUUGCCUGAAGCUAUUACCAAUCUUAUUGGGAAAACUUUCAAAUUUGGUGUUUAUGUUAACAAAGACAAUGUUGACUAUGGUGCUGAUAUUUUUAGUAUUGGUAAGACGUGGGCUGCUGAUGAAAUAAUCACUGAAGCUGACGACACAUUGACUACUGCUGUUUCUUCGGAUCGAUCUUCCGGACAGAUGUCGGUGAUCAGCAUUGAAAGUGAAGACAACACAUGUUUGUCUUCAACACCACUUUCAAAACGCAGAGGAGACGGUGAUGUUGAUGACCUUGCUUCUACUUCAAAGAAACAAUGCUCCAAGACUAUCAAGUUGGAAAAGAAUAAUGGCGAGUAGUUUGCGUUUGUGGAUUUGUUAUUUGAUGCGCACUUUGUGUUCAAGCGCAUGGUUUUUAUUAUGUUUUUAAGUACUUUCAGUUUAUUUGAUUGGUUCAAAAAUUUCAUUGUUAGUUGAUUUUUCCAAUAAAGAUUUAUUUAAUAAAGAGAUUUGAAUA